AUGUUCGCCGGUUUGUACCUCUGGUAUGUUUGUGCUGGCGAGUCACAAAUUUCUUACCUCUUGUUCAAAAAACCACGGUGUAGUAUGAUCGGGAGGCCGAAGGGGUCGCAAGCGAUGGAUACCUUACACCCGAAGUCGCAUCGCGGUGUUGGGAAACGAUGCAGUUUCAAUAUGAAGUCCACAUUGGAUGUGGUCUGGAAUCAGGACACGUUCCCCUCUCCCGUCCUGGAUCUGCUUGGGAUUGGGUUGGAAUACACGUUUCGUCCUUUUGAUAGAUGCCUGUACUGCCUGCUCCUUGGUAAAUCUAGACGAAAAAGGACAGAAAGCCUUGAUAUGGCCAGGAUUCUGGAAGCGUCUUUUGUACAAGGGGCAAACCAGAUUAAGAAUAGCGUUCCUAGGCUAAUUGACUCGAAUCCGCAACGGAACGAGAAGAAAGUUGGUGGUGAGGUGGACAGCCUCCAUGAUGCUGACGCAUGUAGCAUCAGUUUAGGAUAG